GUUUGAUAUUGACACUGUCAGUGAACUACAAAUCCCGGCGUGUUUCUGUUUUGCUCUUAUUUUUAGCAUCACUCUUGUUUCACUGCUCUCAACACGGUCUGGGAGAAGGUUCAGAGUGAUUGUGUCGUAAGCGAUGAAUGACAGAGAGGUUGAUGAGACGAUCCCCGUGGUCAUGGAGACAUCCUCGUUCUCGCAGGUAGUUUUUAACGAUGUUCCUCCAUCAUAUCCGCCAAACGUGGCAGUGACCUGUCGGUAUACGAUCACCGGAGGCCUACAGCCCAACCCGAGAGACUGGAUCGGUAUCUUCAAGGUUGGAUGGCAGUCAACACAGAGAUAUUAUAGCUAUGAAUGGGUGGAACCAUGCCUGGACCAAAUCGGACCUGAAGGGCUCAUGCAGAAAGUGGUUUUCAAAGAGAGCUAUCUACCUAAAGACGAUGGAGAGUUUUAUCAGUUCUGCUAUGUGGAUAGCAAUGGUCAUGUCAGAGGAGCCAGCACUCCGUUCUGCUUUCAAAACCAUGCAGAAAUAAGUCUGGACUGCAGCUUGGAGAAGGAUCUCUUAGUCGUAACAACACAGGAACAGGCAACAAUGAUGGAAAAGGAGAAAGAGGACUUGGUGAAAGAGAUCGAGUCCUUAAAAGAAUCAAAUAAGAUCCUGAAAAAUGAGCUGGACGAAAGACUGCAUGAGAUUUGUCGUAUGAAGAGCUGCGUAGAUGAUUUAAAGUCAAAGGAAAAACCGGAAACACCCCUAUCAGAUAUACCGAAUUAUACCAUCACCGAACAGUCACUGACCUCUCCACAUGAAAACUUUGACAAGGCUGUUCGAAAGAUCAAGCUGCUUAAGCAGGAAAGGGCAGAGUUACAGCAGCAGGUGGAGCUCCAGUUCGCCGAAAACCUCAAGCUAAAUACCUGCCUGAAAGAAACAGAACACAAUUACAACAAACUGCAGGAUCGGGUCAAGUUGCUUGAGGUGGAUGUGCAAAGCAGCACGAAACACAAUGAAAAGCUGCAUGCAGAAAUCGAAGAGCUUCUCAAAGUAAAAAGAACUCUAGAGGAGAAGAAAGGCGAAGACAAAGUGUUACAAGCAUCCAUGUCAGAGCUCAGGGGUGAAGAUAAUGAGACAAAAUUCCAGAUUCGGGCCUUGCUCACUCAGCUGACCGAAGCCAGAGGGCUGCUGCGCAGUGAGAUGCAGAAUUGCAAAGAAGCCACUAAACGUGCUGAAAGUGCAGAGCAAGAAUUGAAGGAGGUGAAACAGAAGCUGGCAGAGAUGGCCGUCAAUGAAGCUGAGGCUGAAAAACACAGUAAAAUCCAGGCACAACUUGAGCAGGCACAAGACAAAAUUUAUGAGAUGGCAGAGACAUCAAGAUCAGACAAGCAGACACUUAUUGAAAAGAAUGAGGAACUUCAGGCAGAAGUAGCAAGACUGCACAGGGCGGUGAUUGACUACCAGGUGGCGUCCGUUGCAGCUAUUUCUGAGCAGCUACCCAACCCACAGAGCCCACCUGCCUCCAGCAACACCCAAGAGCAAACGUACCCGCCCGAUUAUCCUUUCUACGAGAGCAUUGAUGACAUGACUGGAGAUCAAUCAAGAAAAGAGGACAAGAUGAAGUGCCUGCAUUGCCAGGAAAGCUUUCCUGGUAUGAGCGAGGAUGAACUUGCACAGCAUGAGCUGUCCCACAAAGUGUGUCCAUUCUGCACUCUGAUCUGUGAUGACUGGGAACAGCAACUGUUUGAAGAUCACGUCUAUAGUCAUGAAGAAUAACCCAA